CCUCCGCGAUGCUUUCCAGAUAUUUUGAUAAUGUCUAGAUGAACGUGCCCCUUCUGUCCUUCCUCUUAAAAUGCGGUGCUGGGCGCUGACAUGGCUCUCGACUGUGAUAUCAUUGAUAUCUCUAUGGUCAGGGGUUCUCGCAUAUAUCCCACUCUCGGAUGAAACCCUUCAACACGGUCUCCCCCGACCAGACACCAGCGACUUCGAUAUACGCACCGGCAAUCUUCUAGCGCCGAUAUUGAUCCCUCGAGUCCCCGGCACAGAAGGCUCCAAAAAGGUCCUCCAGCAUUUUGUCGAUUUCUUCCACACCUCCUUGCCGGACUGGUCAUUGUCUUUCCAGAAUUCGACGUCAAAGACACCUACCCACGGAGAUACCGAGGUGCCGUUUGUGAAUCUGAUUGCCACUCGGGAUCCCCCGUGGUCGCAGUCCGGCGAUGUUGGACGCUUGACCCUGGUUGCCCAUUACGACUCAAAGUACCAGCCAGAUGGAUUUAUUGGUGCAACAGACUCAGCGGCACCGUGUGCCAUGAUCAUGCAUGCCAUCAGAUCCAUUGAUGCUGCUCUGGCAAAGAAGUGGACCACGAUGCAAGAGCAGGGGUUUACUGAUCCUGACUUCGAGGAGCAAAAGGGGAUCCAGGUACUGUUUCUCGACGGUGAAGAGGCUUUUUUCAGCUGGACAGCGACCGACAGUAUAUACGGAGCGAGAUCGCUUGCCGAAGAGUGGGAGCACACCAUGCACGCAGCCACGAGUAUAUACAAAAACUAUCUCGACUCUAUCGAACUGUUUGUUCUACUCGAUCUCCUCGGCUCCCCAGAAGACCUUCCGAUCCCUUCCUGGCAGCACACUUCCCAUUGGUCAUAUGUCAAAAUGGCCGAAGCCGAGCAACGACUUCGCAAACUGGGCAUGUUCCGCAGUAACCCAUCGCGCACUUGGCUGCCCGAAAAGGAUAAAAAGGAGACUGAUAGAUUCGGCAGCUAUGUCAUGCAAGACGACCAUAUCCCUUUCAUUGACCGGGGUGUCCAAGUUUUACAUCUCAUCCCAGGCCGGUUUCCUUCCGUCUGGCACACUAUGAGGGAUGAUGGCGAGCAUCUAGACAUUCCCACGGUUGAAGACUGGGCUCUCCUUACUACUGUGUUUGCGGCUGAAUAUAUGGAGCUUGAGGGCUUCUUCGAGGGCUCGGCAACGAAACAUGUCAAGAGGCAUGACGGUUCUACAAAAGGCUGAGCGCAUCUGGGCAGAGCAGCCAGCGACUUUCCGAUGUUGGGAUCAGCAGCUCCCGGCCGUGUUCCCAUCCAUUGUUUGCCGGUUACAGAGAGCGACCAGCGGACAAUGCACGAUGGCGCUAGAUGCUGAUUCAGAUGCUUAAAGUCUGCCUUCGAGAGGCGCCUCGCCUCUGGCCGAGAGAUGGCGGAAGCCCCGGCCCGUACAGGUAGAGAUUGCGGGAGUGAGUGUUGCGAACGCUGUGCCCCGAAGGGCAGCUCAGCCACGGCCGAUAGAGCGCAGUGUCUGGACUCUUUUCUGAGUAACCGCCAAAGGUUCAUUUGAACAGGACCCUUUCUGCUGCCAGUCCACUGUCGCAAGAGCAGAGGAGGGAAAGGCCACCAACAAAGACGGCUGUGAAGAGGAUUCGCCUUUAUAGAGGCUGCUCUCGAAAGACAUCACGUGACCUGCAGCCUUCUGCGCCCGAUUUCUUGGGGGCAGAGGCUGUAGUUCUGAUGCUUCCACCACUUGGCCAUUGGAUUUCUAUAAGUGCAAGCCAUUUUGCGACGGAGAGUUGAUGGAAUACUUGCCGCACUCUGUGUCAGACGACCACUCAGCGAGAUGUAACCAUAGACGCCAUGGUUGGGCGUGUCUUUGCAUCAAGCAAGAUGUACGAGGUACACGCUUUCCUCUCUCGGACGCCUUCCUGUUUCAACCUGUUAAACAGAGCCUUUCACUCUACGGCCUCCUUUAUACUUUAUUCGUCUAUACGCCUGCCUUUGGAGCUACGGCUGCCUCUCAAAGCACGCUUUCCUCUUCCAUCCAUGCCUUCCCAUGUAUAUCAAUGGCCUCGAUCUU